UCGCUUCAUUACAUACAACCAACGGCUGCCCGCCCGCCUGCCUGCCUGUCGCUUACCUGUCUCUCUUCCCCACUCACUGCCUGGCCUUCUUCCAUUUGCCUGAUCCACUCCUCCACCACCACUACUAUACACUUGUUCAUUCCUCACCUCUCCUCGAUUCCUUCCUUCUUCUCUUCUUUUCACAUUCUCUCCUCUUUUCCCCACACUUUCCCCACUCGUCUGCCUGCUACCGCCCAGUCAGUCAACGACAGCCAAUCUACAUACCCCUCCAUCCGUGCUGCCUGCCUGCCUGUCUACUUAUUUACUCACAUCCGCCCCCCACCACGACGAGAACAACAACACCACCACAACCGCUACAACCUUCUUCCAAAUAGCCGUCUUCUACGCUUCGUCUAGACGCCUGUCAUCCGCCUCUUCUUCUCCUUCUUCCCUCCUUCCCCCCUCUUCGUCCCACCUGGCCUAUCGACUGGCCUUGCAGCGAGCCCACCUCCGCGAACAUCAAUUGGUUACCACACCCAAGAGUUAGGCCUGCCCAUCCACCAUGGCCGCCGCUGCUCACCCCGCAACUACCGACACCUACCGUGCUCGCGCCGCCUAUGAGUCCACCGGCCCGCUUGCCUCCUACCUGUUUCGCUUGAUGUCAAUCAAGCAGACCAAUCUCUGCGUCUCCGCUGACGUCGAGACUUCGGCUGAGCUGCUGGCCCUGGCAGAGGAAGUGGGCGAUUCCAUCUGCAUCUUCAAAACCCACUGUGACAUCGUGACGGACUGGUCUGACCGCACCGCCCGCGAACUCACCGAAAUCUCCCAGCGCAAGUUCUUCAUCGUCUUCGAGGAUCGCAAGUUUGCCGACAUUGGCGAAACCGUCCAGAAGCAGUACACAUCGGGCUACCACAGGAUUGCCUACUGGUCCCAGAUCACAAAUGCCCACGUGCUUCCUGGCCCGGCCAUUGUCACCGCCCUCCACCAGGCCGCCGAUGUCACCAUAGCCAAACUCAAUACCGGUGUCUACACCAACAUCUCCUCCAACCCCCGUCCCCGCAAAAUCCACGGCGUUGCUGGCAUCGAAGAAGAGGAUGAUGUCGAGGAUGAUGAUGACGACGACGACGAGAAAAUCACAAAAGACAAGGAAGAUCAGGCAGAGCAAGACGCCAAAGACAAUGAUGUGGCCCUCGCUACCCCUCCUGCCAACGAAGAGUUCGAAGAGCGAAAGCUGGCAGCCCAACCCAAGGACCGCAAGCAUAGCGUGGUGAGCGUCAGCACCACCAUCUCCUUCCGCCACGAAAGCAUAUCCCCGCGCCCGGACCCCGAAUUCAGCAACGACGAAGCCUUUAUCGUGAGCAAGGACACCAUGCUCAAACGCCUCGAAACCGUGCCCAUUCUUCGACAGCUCCUCCUACUGGCCGAGAUGAGCUCCGAAGGUCACCUCAUGACGCCUGAAUACCAACAAAAGACGGUGGAAAUCGCUCGGGCUAACAGCCAGUUCGUCAUGGGCUUCAUUGCGCAGCGAAGUCUCAACACGGAGAAGAGCGACAACUUCAUCACCAUGACGCCCGGUUGCAAGCUACCCCCACCCGGCCAGGAAGGCCAGAAGCUCGGGGAUGGUCUCGGUCAGCAGUACAACACACCGCGCAAACUCAUCCUGGACCAAGGGUGCGACGUCAUCAUCGUCGGCCGUGGCAUCUUCCGCGCGCCGGACCGGACUGCCGAGGCCGAACGAUACCGCCUGGAGGGCUGGAAAGCGUACAUGGAGCGCGUGGGAACCAACCACAGGUAA